AUGACGGAGUAUCUCUCCCCCGGCAACGUUUCGACAUUUACCUCAACCAAGUGGUCCUCCAUAGUUGCUGCAUCGAGACCCUCGCCUUCAUGGCAUCCACGGAGAUUCUCGACCUGCUCUAGGAGGGAUCACCCGGUUGUCACUGUUGAGGCUCUCACAGCUAAUACUGAAUGGAAUGCAAAGGACAUCAUCAUCAGCCAGGAUCCAUGGAUCGGGAACCUCAUCAAUCUUCCACUAGAGUUUUUCAAGAGGGUAGUUGGGUCGUUGGGGAUGAAGGAGAAAUACGUCACCCCUAUUGUGCUCUUGUAUGCAGACGAGUGGGUGCUCUCGUCUCAUCAUCAUCACGAGGUUAAUGUUGGUGUGCUGCUGCUGCAAGUGGUUCUCGACUUGCUCCCCAAGGCCACUACUGCUGCUAAUAAAGUUGUGCUCCCCCUUGGGUUUUAUUUCUCGUUGCUCUCGAAAUGUAUUCAGCUGGGGCUCAUAUAUUACCAAGGUGCUGGGAAGCUGCAGAAGCAGAUUGUAUCCUCCCUGCAUUUGGCUCGCGUCCAAGAUUUUCUGGAUUCGACUAAUUUGUCAGUCAUGGAGACUUUGUUCUCCACAUACUACUACUACUACUACUCGGCGGCCUCAUCAUCAGAUUCUCCUCAUAUGAAACAUGAUGACUUUAUCGUUGCACAACUAUGGGAUUUAUAUCUGAAUCAGGUUGCUGCCCAUAACUCAGAGUUGGGUCACGAGAGGUUUGUCAAUCUCAUAGAGAUCGUUCCCAUAUCUAGCAGGCAAACCCACGAUUAUCUCUACACAGCAAUAAGUACCUACUUCCAGUUGCACCAGGAUUUAUCACAACAAGUGAAAGGAUUGAUAUGCAGAUAUCUCAACUGCCAGAAACUAUCACAAGAAGCUUGCAUCCAAGCGGUUCAAAACGAGAUGAUGCCUUUGAGACUGAUAGUCCGGGCACUUUUCUUGCAGCAAUUGAACACUCAACAAGCUUUCAAGGAAUGCUCCAACUCAUUCAGGUAUACCCACGACCACGAGAAUCCGUAUGUGGAUGCAAGUGAUCAAGGGGUCGAGAAAGAUAUAUCUGAAAACUCCAACUGA